CUGAAUUUAUUUGUCGAGAGCAAGUUGCCUUAAGCACUUCGAUUUAAAUCGGUUUGCGAGUUAGAUUUGUCCAUCGUACGCAUUCGCGUAAAAAUAAUAGAAAGAAUUGAUUUGUCAAAGUUUUACAUAUCUGUGAUUAGCUUUAUUAGAAUCAAACUUUCACGCGAUCGUACAUAUUCUCGAACAGAUUGGUUUACACGUUUCUGAAAACUAUCGGUAUUUCCCACGAUUCUCUGUGACAUUGUUCUUGAAAAAUGUAAUUUCAAAACCAUAUAAUCAAAAACAAUCGAGAUUAUCGGAGCGAUAUCGAGGUAAAAAAUUAUUAACCGAAAGAUAACGCGACACAUAUAAUCUCAAAGAGUCUCAUUUCAAAACUGAUUCGUUUCCGUGACUACGGUCAAUGACAUCUCGACCAUCAACUGUGAACAUCAUGCUGUUUCACUUGUUAAAAAAAAUACACAAAUAACUGAAUAUAGAGUGUGUAAAUCAAUCUUACAUGAAAUCAGUCAAAUAAGCUCUUGAGAAUUCAUUCAUCAUAAGACAAAAACUUAAAAAAUUAAAAUGAUAACGGUACCGCCGAUAUCAGCCUCCAGUCCCUAUGUGAAGGUCACAUCCUACAGUGACACCAGUACAAUUGUCAAAAAGCCUUUGAUUCAACAAUUUUUAAAAGACGAAAGAGAGAUGAAGGAGCAUUCAGCAGCUCAGCGAAUGGAGAGAGAGAAGGAUUUGCCACAGCGAUCACAAAGCAGCGCGGCUAGUCUGACAUCUAUAGCCGAUAUAUCUCCUAGUUCUUCCCAAUUUUUCGAGGUAUUCUAUGUCGGCAAAAUAAAAGUAUCACACCCAAAAGUACCGGAAUCUUUCAUUGAUGAGGCUCUAAUAAAGUUUCGCGUUCAUGGACUCGAAAAAUCCAGGUCUUCGACGAGUAAUCUUCUGUCAGAUUGUCAACGGUUGAAACGCCAAGCUUUAAUGUCUUCCAUUAAUAGAAGAAAUAGUACGGAAUCUACCGCUAGUGAAUCAGGCAGUAUUGAGAACGUGUCGGGAAACAGUAUAGGUUCAAACGUUAAUCCGUUUGGAGUUCCGCCAGUUUUAAGCAGCUCCGUGGAAACUUUUCCAAGAACAAGCGCCAAUCCUGUGGAAAAUGACGGACGCGAUGGGAAUCAAAUAUCCGAAUCUUCCGCUAAUUUUAAUAUCACUGUACCUGAAGUUAUGCGAAGUCGCGCUGCAUCUACCGGCAGCGUUUUAAAUGGCAGAAGAGAUUCUGCCGUUAAAGGAAACGAUGAGCAUAAUCGUACCAUGCUUUUUCAAGUAGGGCGAUUUGAUUUGAGAUUGAUUAGCCCGGACAGAAAGCAGGUUCUUCUGCACAAGCAAUUAAAAGAUAUAGCCAGUUGUGCGCAAGGUAUAAAAAAUUCGGAUCACUUUGGAUUCAUUUGUAAAGAACCAGAAUGUUUUAUCGGAUACGUUUUCAAAUGUCAAUCCGAAUCAGUUGCGGAUGAUCUUGUCGCAGCAAUUAGCCAAGCUUUCGUUACAACUUGUAACAUUGCCAGAAAAGAAAAAUACUCUGUAUUUUCUUGCGAACAUUGCCCUAUGUACUGGUACAAUAAAUUAUGUCAAGAAAUCGAAGGACAAAAUGAUAAAAAAGUGCAAAGCAUUAUCUUAUCGCGUAUGGAAUUAUUACCGGAGGAUGAGCAGGAGAUUGUUGUGAGCAAAUAUAAGAGCGCCGAAGCAGCGGGUAACGUUGGUACGAGCUCCACGAGUCAAAAUCAAUUCUUAAUGCGACUGUUGCGUGCUCAUUGCGAAUUAAAACAAGCUAGACAUGUACAUGAUACGGCUGAGAAUAGGAGUGAAUUUCUCAAUCAAUAUCUAGGCGUCGGCGUUGGCAGUACGAUUUUUAUGAAGGCGAAACGCUCUCUUACGAAUAGCUUUGACAAUCUUAUGAAGAGAAAAGGUUCGCGUGACGAUUUUGGUUUUGGACCACAAUUGCGAGAUUCGAAUCAUUUGAAUGCGGCGGUACAAAAGAUUGGUGGUCAAAGCCCAGAUAACUCGAGGCAAUCAUCUGUACUAGAUAUCUCGCCGGAAUCGAGUAGACCAAGAUCAUUGCGUGUCUCGCCUGAACAGCAGAUAGUUAUAAAUAACGGACCAAAGAGUUCUAUGAUGGACAUCUUUUUAAAAGUUGGUAACUCACCGAAAACAUCUCCCACGGAGACCGACGGAAGCAACACGAUACAAGCCAAUAGUUCGUGGCGACAAACGAUACUAAAUAGAGUUGUGACGCCGAGUAAAGACCAUAAUAGUACAGAAAUUGAGAACGUUAAUAUCAUCAAAAGUUUAGAAACGCCCGUUAAACGUAGAACAAAACAAGAAUUACGAGACUUGUGGAAGAAAGCGAUUAAUCAACAAGUAAUACUAAUAAGAAUGGAAAAAGAAAACGCAAAGCUUAGAGAACGUCAAGAGGAGGCAACAGUAAAAAGGAUUAAACUGGAAUAUGACGAGCUUAGUAGCUGUGCACGUGAAGUGAUAGAAGUUUGGGAUCUUCUUGUUAGCAAGGAAUCGCGAGUUUCAACUAAAUGUGAUAAUCAAAUGCUGUUGCAUGCUAUCAAACAAGGUGUACCGAAAGGGAAGAGAGGUGAAGUUUGGCAAUUUCUAGCCGAACAAUUUUGCUUAAAACAACCACCUAUAGAUACUCAAGAUUUUCCAAAUUAUAAUACAUCUUAUGAAUUGCUCCUGAAACAACUCACAUCUCAACAACAUGCCAUUCUUAUCGAUCUGGGAAGAACGUUUCCGAGUCAUCCGUACUUUAGUUCACCCUUGGGACCUGGUCAAUUAGCGCUCUUCAAUUUAUUGAAAGCUUAUUCCCUGUUGGAUCACGAAGUCGGUUAUUGUCAAGGUCUCAGUUUCGUCGCUGGAGUACUUCUAUUGCAUAUGGCAGAAGAUCAAGCCUUUUUCUUAUUACGACAUUUGAUGUUUCGCCGAGGACUCAGAAAAUUGUAUUUACCAGAUAUGGCAGCAUUGCAAUUGCAUUUGUAUCAGCUCUCUAGACUAUUACACGAUCGCUUACCAGCAAUUUAUAGCCAUUUUGAUAAACAUGAAGUUUCACCUACAUUAUAUGCUGCUCCAUGGUUGUUAACCUUGUUUGCCAGCCAAUUUCCUUUGGGCUUUGUCACCAGAGUUUUUGAUUUACUUUUUCUGGAGAAUUCCGAAGUCCUCUUUCGGGUAUCAGUUGCACUAUUAGAAGAACAUCAGGAUCAAUUGUUAUGCUGUGAUAACUUUGAAGAAAUUAUGGAAUAUCUCAAGACACGUGUGCCAGCGGUGGACAAACAAAGCUUAGAUCGCAUAAUGAAACGUGUAUUUUAUCCUGAUUUGGAAAUCUCAAAACAAUUGAAUGAAUACAGAGUGGAAUACCAAGUGCUUCAAGAGGAAAUGAUUUCAGUAAAGCCACAAAUAGAGAAUUUGGAGAAAUUUAAAUUGCAGAACAAGCAACUCACACAAGAAGUUACGCAACUUAGUGAACAACUUGAGAUUGCUAUGAGCAACUUGCACAGGCUCGAAACAGCACGCUCAAUGCAACAAGCAACUAUCCAUAGAUUCGAAUCUCAAAAUCGCAGUCUUGAAGUUACAGUAGCUACAUUAGGCGCGUUUAUUCAGCAAUUAGUGGAUACACGUGCUGAUAUUGAAGUACCGGGCGAAGUACGUCGAAUAAUUGCGCAGCUGGGUAUGGUAGAGAAACGACGAAACACAGGCAUCAAGUCAUAUCCUCUAAAAGUUAUCGAAGACAACAAAUAUGGAAUGAUAAAAAGUAACUCCACUGGUAGAGAAUCUCAAAAUCUUCUCAGAAAUAAUAGUAUGGAUACGCCGUAUCCCUUAAAAUCUACUUUGAGUCAACCUAAUCUAGCGACAAAAUUAGAGAAAGUUUCUUCAUUCUUUUCGAAUUCGCACAAUCAUAUACAAAAGCAACGCGCACAGUUAGCAGCUCUCAGAAACGAAUACUCGGAACAAGCGGUAAGGGGCAACAAUGAUGAAAAUGAUCCCAAGACGGUCAACAUUGACAUUCAAAUUACGGACACUAUGAAUCUGGCUAACAAUCCGGCACCGCAAAACGAAAACAAUUUAAAAGUUCCUGCUAUCAAUUUGGAGAAAUCGAUAUCAUUGCCAUUGAAACUUAAGUUGAAGUCAUCAAAGUCUGCGUACGAAUUAGGAUCUGUAAAGAAAGUUCCCACCAGCAAGCUCGAAGUUACAAGCAAUGAUUCAUUAACAAAUCUAACAGGAACUGUACAUCCACUCGACACUUGUAGCGACGUGAAUUUCCGAUAUGGUGGAACCACGAAACUAAAGUGCAUCAAACCUAUUAGAUUGUCUAGUCCAAGUUGUCAGGAAGAUUGUAAUAAUGACAAACAAAAGCCUGACCAGAGGACCUCCGAUCCUUUAAAUAGAUAACAAUUACUUUCGACUGCAUCUUCAAAGAGUAUUUUAUCAAAAAGAAUCUUUAUAAAAAAUAUAUAUUUAAAACGAUAUUGGUAAGUAGAGACACUUAAUACAAUCUGUAUUUGAUUAUUUACCUCUGCGUUUUUGGAUGGGAAAAUUUGAAAACUAUAAUUUUUUAUUCGUUUAAUUCGUUUAAUUA